AUGGUUGGCGGGUGGCUUGUUUCGAGUUUAACUUGGCAUCAGAAUAUAUACACGAAGAAAGGUCCAACAACAGAGGGCCGGGCAGGCCAACAAAGCGACCUCCGUCCCGGGAAAAACGGUGUACUGCUAACACCCACACAUGUUCCCAUGGUGGGCCCUCCCGUCCUUUCUCUUUGGAGGGCUUUGAAGCUUCUGAAAAUAUUCAAAUCUAGCUGUGGGAAGAUACAAACAGGAUCAAAGAAAGUUGAUGUUUCUUCAUCGGAUUCGGCAUCAGUGAUCGAUCCCACUAGAGAAGGCCGAGAAAGAGUAGUAGUAAAAAAACUGAUGUCAGAAUGUGGGAUAGUGGUUAAAAAUGAUGUCAACAAAGUGACAAAGCUUAAACUUUUUUCACGGAAACGUAGGAGAUCAUCGGACGCCGCAAGUGGGCGGCCGUAUAUUCUAGGGGGUGAGAUGAGAAUAAAUACGUUCAUUUAUGAAGCUAUGGGACCGAGGUAUGGAAUCUCCUUGACAAGGGACAUAGGCGAUUAUAAGGUUGAACUGAAGUUGGAUAGUCUUUUAGUUACAAUGACCAUAACCAGAGAACAAACGUUGCUUAACUAUUUCGAUUUCGUCGCUCAAGGCAUUAAAAA